AUGAACAUCUGGUCAGACUUGUCUGGGUCGGUUCUGGUCAGACUUGUCUGGGUCAGUACCAGUCAGACUUGUGUGGGUCGGUUCUGGUCAGACCUGUCUGGAUCGGUUCUGGUCAGACCUGGCUGGGUUGAUACCAGUCAGACUUGUCUGGGUCGGUUCUGGUCAGACUUGUCUGGGUCAGUACCAGUCAGACUUGUCUGGGUCGGUUCUGGUCAGACUUAUCUGGGUCGGUUCUGGUCAGACCUGUCUGGAUCGGUUCUGGUCAGACCUGUCUGGGUCGGUUCUGGUCAGACUUGUCUGGGUCAGUACCUAUCAGACUUGUCUGGGUCGGUUCUGGUCAGACUUGUCUGGGUCAGUACCAGUCAGACCUGUCUGGGUCGGUACCGGUCAGGCUUGUCUGGGUCAGUACCUAUCAGACUUGUCUGGGUCGGUUCCGGUCAGACUUGUCUGGGUCAGUACCAGUCAGACUUGUCUGGGUCGGUUCCGGUCAGACCUGUCUGGGUCGGUUCAGGUCAGACUUGUCUGGGUCAGUACCAGUCAGACUUUUGUGGGUCAGUACCAGUCAGACUUGUCUGGGUCAGUACCAGUCAGACUUGUCUGGGUCGGUUCCGGUCAGACCUGUCUGGGUCGGUUCCGGUCAGACUUGUCUGGGUCAGUACCAGUCAGACUUGUGUGGGUCAGUACCAGUCAGACUUGUGUGGGUCGGUUCUGGUCAGACCUGUCUGGGUCGGUACCGGUCAGACCUGUCUGGGUCGGUACCGGUCAGGCUUGUCUGGGUCGGUUCUGGUCAGACCUGGCUGGGGUGAUACCAGUCAGACCUGUCUGGGUCGGUUCUGGUCAGACCUGUCUGGGUCGGUACCGGUCAGACCUGUCUGGGUCGGUUCUGGUCAGACCCAGCUCUGCUCUCUUCUCCAGGUCUGGUUCUGCCUCUGUGGCUAGCGGUCUGGACACAGAACCGGCUGUUGUAGCUUUUUACCAGAACCUGGAUAAUCCUGGAGGGGAGCCUGAGCAGCCGGAGUCUGAGCCUGAUGAUGGUCGGCGGGACGCCGUCCAGUGGUGGUGAGUGACUUGUGACCAGUUCUCAGGUCCAGGCCACUGCCUGCUGCAGCCAAAGCCUUCUAGACGGCUUUAGUCUCCACUCCCCAUCCUGUUGUGCUGGUGUCCACACGCCUCCUGGGCCUAUCUGCAGAAACCAUAGUUUCCUGUCCUGGACUGUCCUGUCUGCUGAGGCGCUCCCCAUGUCCAGCUGUUCCCUGUCUUCAGCAGGUCAGGCAGGCGUGAUGAGGACUCCACCAUGCCCAUGAAGUUCCUGUGGCUGUAGCAUGUGGAGCAUCGCUUCCUUUUGUCUGCUCUGAUGCCUGGACAGUUUAUGGCAUGGCCCAGAAAACGCAUCUCUGUCAGGAAGCUGGCUUCUCCGUCACGGUGCUCUGCUCGGUCUCUCCCUGUAACCACAACCAGAAAUGUUUGGGAGCUGAUGACGUACCAGAGGGCAGUCCUUUGAAGUGGUAUCGGUAGUCUUUAUGGAGAGGUGCCUGCUAGAAGCCUGAUGUAGCGUCCAGCUUUGUGAAAACUCUGCCGCCUUCCAGCCUGGCCAGUGUUACGUCCACCGGAGGUGAGCUGUGUCUCUCUGAUGGGUCAGGUCUACGCAGAUCCAUGUUUUCCCUGACGGUUCUGCUAUAGGGACCAUGCCUGCACACCAUCCUGUUGGUGCAGACUAUGACCCCCAUCUUCUCCAUGCGGUCUAAUUCCUCUUUGACUUUGGUGAGAAUGGUAAUGGCUACUUGUCUGGGGGCAGAGAAGGCACAGGGAGCUGCUUCUUUAAGUUUCAUUUUGUAUUCCUCU